CCCGUUUUUGCGUUUACCUGGAAGGGAUGUCAGUACUCCUACUCGCGUCUCCCUCAAGGUUUUGAACUCUCCCCAGGCAUUUUCAACGCCAUUCUGAAAUCUCUCCUCACGGGUCUGGUUUUAACGGAUGGUGUUCUUCUGGUCCAGUAUGUCGAUGACCUCCUGCUGGCUGCCCCAACUGAAUCAACUUGUUUGGAGGCCACAAAAUCUCUCCUCCUGUGGCUACAUUCCAAAGGUUUCAAAUGCUCCCGAGGAAAGGUUCAAUGUGCCAGAGCACAGGUAUCUUUUCUUGGCCGUCUCAUUUCUGCUGCUGGGACUGGCCUCUCGUCCUCCCAUCGCUCAUCCAUUCUUUCUCAUCCUCAGCCAGUCACUGUUAAACAGAUGUUGAGUUUCCUGGGUCUUGCAAAUUUUUCCAGGUACCACGUCCCAGAUUUCGUUUCUCUGACAUUGCCAUUGCGCCAAAUGGUCAAUGAGGCUGGUAUGCGUAACCUCUCAGCCCCUCUUCAGUGGUCUACUGAUGCUCAACAUUGUUUUAUUGCCUUAAAACAGAAAUUGUCCACAGCAGCUGACCUCGCUAUCCCCGACUAUUCAAUCCCAUUUCAUCUUGAUGUCUCUGCCAAGGCAUCCUCUGCUUCUGCUAUUUUAUAUCAGAAGAAGGGGGAGAACAGAAUAGUCUGUUUGUAUGCGUCCACAGCAUUACAACCCUAUGAGAAACGACAUCCUACUUGUGCAGCCUUUGCAUCAGCUCUGGCGAGAUUGGUGGAAAAAACAUCGCAUGUAGUGCUGAAACACCCACUACACAUUCACACAGAACAUAGUGUUAUGCAUUAUGUCACAAGCAAACUGUUCUCCAUGACAUCAGGAAGACAAAGAAAGAUUGAAGCGACACUGCAUCAACCACACAUUUUCUUCUCGUCAUCCAUUGUCAACAUGGCUGAUCUGAUACUGGAUGAGGAGGAAGGCCAUCCACAUAACUGCGUGGAUGUAGCUGCAAAACAACAAACAAUCAGAGAAGGACUGUUUGCAGAUGCCAUACAACAUGCAGACAUGGACAUCUAUACAGAUGGAUGCUGCUACAAAGGACCAGAUGGUCUAAUCUCAUCUUAUGCAGUCGUCCAGGACAUUUCCCCAACAGCAGACAGAACAGGACAAUACAGGACAUUAUACACACAACUCGUUGAGGGUAAACAAUCAGCUCAGAGAGCAGAAAUUCUGGCUGUAACUAAAGCACUCCAAUUGGCAGAAGGAAAAACAGUGAACAUUUACACAGAUUCGGCGUAUGCAUGCACCGUAGUACAUGUGGCACUGAGUGAAUGGCUGAGGGCAGGGUUCCUUACAGCAACAGGAACACCUAUCAAGUACCAGGAGGAAGUUUUGCAGUUACAUCAGGCAUUGCUGCUCCCCUCAAAAGUGGCAAUUGUAAAAUGUAAGGGACAUUCCAAAUCCCGAGACAAGGUCUCUCAAGGUAACGAAGAAGCUGACAGAGUGGCAAAGCGGACUGCAGGCUACAGCCCAGCCGACGCUAACCAGAUGAUCCAAGCAGGUCCACACACAGAAGGACACACAUCAUUCCCACAUACACCAGAAGCAUUACAGGACUGGCAGAAAGAGGCGUCUCAUGAGGAGAAGUCGAUGUGGUUACGGAGAGGAGCAAAGGUGAGUGACGAAGGACUGUGGACAGGUCACGACAAGCCAGCAAUACCACAAAGCCGACUGAUCUCCAUGAUCCAGGAGGCACAUCUACCAGAUCACUGUGGUCAAAAGGAAGUCCUGCGCAGGCUACAACAUUGGUGGCACCCUUUCAUGACCCAUGUGGUUCAUGAAGAACUGUCCAACUGCACUAUAUGUAAGUGUCACAACUCCAGACCUGCAACAAAACCUACUGAGAACAAUGCGAGACCACAUCUGACGAGACCUGGACUUGAGGUGAUAAUGGACUUCACUGACAUGAUCACCACUUGCAAUGGGUACAGGUACCUACUGGUAAUUGUGGACAGCUAUUCAGGCUGGCCAGAAGCAUAUCCAUGCAGGAGAGAAACAGCACAGAAUGUGGUAAAAGCCUUGGUAAACCAUUACAUUCCAACCCAUGGGUUCCCCAAACUAAUAAGAUCUGACAAUGGUACACAUUUCAAAAACACACACCUCCAAGAGGUGGAAAAGAUGCUUGGGCUCAGGCACAAAUUCGGUUCAGUAUACCAUCCUCAGUCCCAAGGACUGGUGGAGAGAAUGAACAGAACUUUGAAAGAAAAACUGGCUAAAAUUAUGACUUCAACAGGACUGACGUGGUUAAAGGCGCUCCCUCUUGCACUGAUGUCUGUCAGAAUGUCUUUAAGUUCUAGGAGAGGAAUGUCUCCGUAUGAACUUAACACUCAGCGGAGUUUCCCAGGACCGACAGGACCGUUGCCCACAAAGACUGGUGAAGGUAAGCAUGACAUGUCUGAUGUUGUGAGUGCUCCAGGUUCCAGAACGCCAGAGGUCCUGAAGAGUCACAAUCAACGCCCCAUGUGACUGAAGACGGUGGUGCGACUCACAUUCUGCUGAAGGCCUACAAGAGGAAGUGGUCUGAACCCCGUUGGACUGGACCAUACGAGGUGACGGAACGUACCUCCCACGCGGUCCGGCUCAAAGGAAAGGGUGACACGUGGUACCAUCUAAGUCACACCGUCCCGACUACACUUCAACCGGACAACAAGGAGCCAGAAUAACGCUCCCCACGAGAGAGAGGCAAGGUAGUCUACCCUUAGCCUCAGAAGACAAGAUUCCAGGAACAUCGAGAGGUGAAAGGGGGUGAGGAUACCGGAGCGCUCACCCUCCUCCAAGUAGCGUGCCAAGCUACCAACGCAAGAAUUAAGUAGGGCAAGGGUGGAAGACCCUCCUACUUUGUAUUUUGUUGUGAUCGGACGA